CUUUGCAGCGGCUACUUAAUGCCGGUCCGGGGGCCACCGGCGCUCAGAGAGGCGCCGUCGGGCGGGGGGGCGACAAGAAGCGCUGGCGGGGCCCUCGAGCUGGGGACAGAGAGCCGCAGGGGGUGGGAGGAACUUCUUCCAGAACCUUCUUUUGGCCCGGGCUGCUCUCUGAGCCAGGUACCACAUUCAUAUUCGGAGGAGGCGACCCCGUGGUCGCGGAAUGGAAGCGCGCGUCCGGGAGGCCCUGUAACCGGAGCCGCGGGAGUCAGCGGGCUAGAGAGCGCUGCGGGCUACCCCCCGGCUCAGCCCGUGGAUGUUGACCGCCCCCUCGGAGAGUCCCCGCAGACAUGGCGGAGAGCUGGCUACGCCUCUCGGGUGCAGGGGCGGCGGAGGAGGCCGGGCCGGAGGGCGGCCUGGAGGAGCCCGACGCCCUGGAUGACAGCCUGACCAGCCUGCAGUGGCUGCAGGAAUUCUCCAUUCUCAACGCCAAGGCCCCCGCCCUGCCGCCGGGGGGCACCGACCCCCACGGCUACCACCAGGUGCCGGGCUCGGCCGCUCCGGGGUCCCCCCUGGCGGCCGAUCCCGCCUGCCUGGGGCAGCCGCACACUCCGGGUAAGCCCACGUCGUCGUGCACGUCGCGGAGCGCGCCCCCGGGGUUGCAGGCCCCGCCCCCCGACGACGUGGACUACGCCACCAACCCGAAUGUGAAGCCGCCUUACUCUUACGCCACGCUCAUCUGCAUGGCCAUGCAGGCCAGCAAGGCCACCAAGAUCACCCUGUCCGCCAUCUACAAGUGGAUCACGGACAACUUCUGCUACUUCCGCCACGCUGAUCCCACCUGGCAGAAUUCCAUCCGCCACAACCUGUCCCUGAACAAGUGCUUCAUCAAAGUGCCUCGGGAGAAGGACGAGCCGGGCAAGGGGGGCUUCUGGCGCAUCGACCCCCAGUACGCCGAGCGGCUGCUGAGCGGGGCCUUCAAGAAGCGGCGGCUGCCCCCAGUGCACAUCCACCCGGCCUUCGCCCGCCAGGCCUCGCAGGAGCCCAGCGCCGCCCCGUGGGCCGGGCCGCUGACCGUGAACACCGAGGCCCAGCAGCUGCUGCGGGAGUUCGAGGAGGCCACCGGGGAGGCGGGCUGGGCUGCGGGCGAGGGCAGGCUCGGCCAUAAGCGCAAACAGCCGCUGCCCAAACGGGUGGCCAAGGUCCCGCGGGCCCCCAGCACCCUGCUGCUGACCCAGGAGGAGCAGGGUGAGCUGGAGCCCCUCAAAGGCAACUUUGACUGGGAGGCCAUCUUCGAGGCCGGCACUCUGGGCGGCGAGCUGGGCGCGCUGGAGGCCCUGGAGCUGAGCCCGCCGCUGAGCCCCGCCUCGCACGGGGACGUGGACCUCACCGUCCACGGCCACCACAUCGGCUGCCCCGCUACCUGGGGGCCUCCGGGGGAGCAGGCUGCCGACAGCCUGGACUUCGACGAGACCUUCCUGGCCACGUCCUUCCUGCAGCACCCCUGGGACGAGAGCGGCAGUGGCUGCCUGCCCCCGGAGCCCCUCUUCGAGGCCGGGGACGCCACCCUGGCCGCCGACCUGCAGGACUGGGCCAGUGUGGGCGCCUUCUUGUAAGAGGCCGGGCCCUGCCCCACCUCCGGACAGUGGCCAAGUCAGGGCCCAGACUGCCCCCCAGCACAGGCCCCUGGACAUCCUACCGCCCAGGCAGGGGCUGGGCCGGGUCUCCCGAGGCUGGCCCCAUGAGGCCGCACGGCCCCCAGCCCGGGCUGCCCUCAGAUUCCGGCCCAGGAGGCUGAGAAGGGGGCGGGGGGGGGGCCCAGGUCCAGAACUGCUGCCUCCCCAGCACCGCCCCCCCCCCAUACACACAGUGUUUCAUUGAUCCUCCUCUUGCCAGCCCCGGGACGGGCUCAGGGCCCUGCACUGUGGGAGCUGCACCCGGAGGGGCCCUGGCCAAGCUGGGGAGGGACAGUACAGGGCCCGCCCCAGGGCACCUCAGCUUCCACGCCUCUCCCUCUCCCGCUGUCCUCCCCAGGUCUCUAGCCAGAGAAAGGUCCCAGGUACAACAAAUGCUAAUUAGGUGAGAGCAAAUUAACCCCCUGGAGGCCUCUCUGGGCAAAGCCUCCCUGGAGCUGGGGAAGGGUGGGGGAGGGGUGGGGCUGGGGGGGAGGGGCAGAGGGCAGAGACAGAAUGAGGUCGGGGAGCCUGGUGGGCGAGGAGGUUUUGUAAGGCCUCUGGGGUCUUCUCCUGGCCCCAUCCCUAGGGGUGGAAAGGGAGUGUAAAUCCCUCAUCUUUCAGCUGGACCUGAGGCAGAGCGCGGCGGGGAGUUGGGGUUCUGGGGGUUGGGGGCAGGGGCAUCUGAGCUGCAGUGGGGAGGAGGACAGACAGACUAAUGUAGUGAGUAUAGCGAUAGGCUUAACAGGGAGAGGUGCAGAGCUUGCUAGAACCUUUGGGACCAGGAAGGCUGGGAUCGCCCACAUCCCUGCCUGUACUUGCUGGGGGGCAAUGUCUAACUCUACCCGGAGCCCCUCCGUCUGCGUCCCACAUCCACCCUCCUGCCCUAUGGGGCAAUUUAACCUUUUUCAUGGAAAGUUAUUUACAAUUUAAAAAUUUUUAAAAAUAAAAUGUUUAAAAAUCU